UGAGAAACUCCGCAAGGCAGAGUGUUGCGUAGGUUGUUGCAGAGAGUACACGACAUAUAUGUACGACCUCGUCCCCUCUCCCUUUAUCUCUCUCUCACUCUAUCCCUCUCUUUCUCAACUCGAUAUUCACCACGAAACCCGACUUCCUUACCAACAAACCAGGGUAACUGACUUGCUGAGAAUACCUUUGCUCAACCCACUUGCUACUAUCCCUUACUGAGCUCUCCAAAACGCAGGAACCCAGUACAAUGGCUCCUGCACAGGUUGUCUCCUUCAAUCCCUCAACUAUUCCGGGCCUCGGAUGUCCUCUUAGCUCGACUGAUCUGGACAUCUCCCGCUUCACCUAUAACGGCCUUGCUCGCGUUGAGGACGUACGCGAUCUCAAGAGCACGCACCGUGAACAUAUCAUUGCCUUGCUCGGCAUCAUUGACCGUCACUCCAUGGGCAAAAUCUUCGGCAUCCACUCUGCCCAUCGCCACGAAGAGAUCCCCGUUGGCACCGUUCGCCUUGAGGAAGAUAUGAGCAUUCGAGUACUCUCGCGGACCACUCCCGCUGCGAUGGAUGCCAUCAAUCCCGACACCUUACACGCUACGGUCUUCCAAUUCAUCAAAAACGCCUAUGUUGGCUUCGAGUUUGCCAAGGGUGCUUCGCCCACUGCCGGAGCCAAAGUUUCUCCAGAGUUUCUCACCGAAAUUGCCAAGUAUCUCACCGACAACAAACUUAACAAACUCUUAGCCCUGGAGGUGAAGGACUAUUCCAAGCUCGAUGCAGGUGGCACAGCCGAGAUUGAGGUCCUCUGGGGCAAUACCAGCCCUUUCACCAUAGUUGUGCCCAUCUCCGACUUGGCUAAUGUCGAUGGCCUAGUCCAGACGGGCUGGAGCGUCCCUUUUGCUGGCUUGGCCACUGACUCUGACCCUCCAGCGGGCGAGUACUGGAAUGCGGUUGCUUCGGGACCCCGAAAAGGCAGUCACGCAGUCUUUGUUGAUAGUAGCGAGUCCGUGACCUCCGAGGGGUUGGUCAAGGCGCUCGUUGACCAUGGUGUUUUCAAAGCCGGCUUGCUUUCCCCGAUGCUGAAGGUUUGAAGGUUGAAGGUUUGUCUAUGUCGGCACAUAAGCACACAUGUUCCCGUUCGAAGUCACACUCUGUCUUGAAAGUCUAGUACAGGAGCGCACUGGAGAUAGUCAAUAGUUAUUAGGGGGAGUUAGCAAAUGCGUAUUUCAUAUGAACUGAUUUUGCAGCUAUACCUUUUUUGACAAUUGCACAGAACUUGCAUAUGCUCUAGAUUGAU